CUAAUUUCUCCAACGGGCAAAAACUCAAAAGGAAAAUCUUAUCUUCUUCGUGCUGCGACACGUGUUCAUCAAACCUAUCAGUCUCCUUGCUAGCCAUUUUCCUACCAUGAAGUUGGAGGCUACAUAGGGUUACGCAAAUUCCAGUGACACGGCGUCGUAUGCACCCACCUUGCCCUGCUCUUUGCACAAUAUAGCUAACCAGAAUUAGACAAACAUAAAUAGGAAAAUGCUGAGAAUUGGCGGGAAAGGAGGCGGAGGAGUUGGUCAGCUGCUGGCGGCAGUCGCGGCGGCGCUACUGCUCCGCCUUUUCUCUGCUCCCGGACCAGAAAUUCUUCCCGAGAAUGUCCCCGACGACGAGGAAGGAGACCGUGAAGCUCCGGUCAAAGGAAAAGUUUCGCCGGUCACUAUUAAGUGGACUAACAUCAACUGUUCACUCUCCGACAAAUCCUCCAAAUCAGUGCGAUUUUUGCUGCAAAAUGUUAGUGGAGAAGCAAAACCUGGUAGAUUACUUGCAAUUAUGGGACCAUCUGGGUCAGGGAAGACAACUCUGCUCAAUGUUCUGGCAGGUCAGAUAGUGGCAUCACCAAGAUUGCAUUUGUCUGGCCUUUUAGAGGUUAAUGGGCAACCAUUCUCAAACAAAGCUUACAAGUUUGCCUAUGUAAGGCAGGAAGAUCUUUUCUUUUCACAGUUGACUGUUCGAGAAACACUUUCUCUUGCAGCUGAACUCCAGCUGCAGGAAAUAUCUUCAGUGGAAGAGAGAGACGAAUAUGUGACUGAUCUCCUUUUGAAACUAGGCCUUGUCAGUUGCGCUGAUUCGCAUGUUGGGGAUGCAAAAGUGCGUGGAAUCAGUGGUGGUGAAAAGAAAAGAUUGUCACUUGCAUGUGAGCUGAUUGCUAGUCCUUCUGUCAUUUUUGCUGACGAACCUACGACUGGACUUGAUGCCUUCCAGGCAGAGAAAGUGAUGGAAAACUUACGACAACUUGCACAGGAUGGGCACACUGUGAUUUGCUCUAUACACCAGCCUAGAAGUUCGGUUUAUGAAAAAUUUGAUGACAUUGUGUUACUGACAGAAGGCGCACUCGUUUAUGCUGGUCCUGCACGUGAUGAAGUAUUGGUUUACUUUUCAAAAUUUGGGUACAUUUGUCCAGAUCAUGUAAAUCCCGCUGAAUUUUUGGCUGAUCUUAUAUCAGUAGACUAUACUUCUGCCGAGAGUGUCAAUGCUUCUCAGAAAAGGAUAGAUGGUCUCGUUGAGUCAUUUGCUGAGCAGACAUCAUUAACUCUAUAUGCAACUCCACUUACCAGGGAGGAUCUUAAGAACAACAUAAACUCAAGGAAGAGAACUGUCGUUAAAAAGAAAGUUGGUUGGUGGAGGCAGUUCUGGCUACUUCUUAAACGCGCAUGGAUGCAGGCUUCUCGAGACGGCCCAACAAACAAGGUUCGAGCAAGAAUGUCAAUUGCAUCAGCUCUCAUAUUUGGUUCUGUCUUCUGGAGGAUGGGUAGAUCACAGACAUCAAUACAAGAUAGAAUGGGAUUGCUUCAGGUUGCUGCCAUAAACACUGCAAUGGCUGCACUUACAAAGACUGUAAGUGUCUUCCCUAAGGAACGUGCAAUUGUCGACAGGGAGAGAGCCAAGGGGUCCUAUUCACUGGGACCAUAUCUACUCUCAAAAUUGUUAGCUGAGAUUCCCGUUGGAGCAGCAUUCCCAUUGCUGUUUGGUACCAUUUUGUACCCCAUGGCUCGUCUUCAUCCUACCAUGUCAAGGUUGGUUUCUCUUAUAUUUAACCAUAUUGUCUUAUAAGUUUGCUGACCUUGAAUGAUACCUUGGAGGCAAAUUGACAUAGUAUCUCCCUAUUAUGAGAUGGAGCAUGCUGUUGUGAGGAAGAUAUCCCUCUUGAUUGAAUGGAGAUAAUACACAAUCUCCCUGAAACCCAAAGUUUUGACCUGAAGUGAAAUCUUCUAAAUUUUUUGGACUAUGUAUAGCUUCAUGCUUUUGUUAUCACAAAGCAUAGCAUAUUUCUAUACAUGUUCUAUUUGUUGCAUAGCCAAAGAUGCAGGGGUUAACAUAAAAAGAAUGAAUCUCACUCAGUGAUCUCUCUAGUUGAUGAGGAUCCUGCAGUUAGAAUUGUUGUAUUCUUUUUUGGUAAUUAAUUAUCGGUUUGAUAAUCAUCAUAAAACUUGUUUAGGUUCUGUUCUUAAUUUCUUAAUUGUAGGCAAGAUGAUACAUAACCUUAAGUUCCAUAGAGAAUUAAUUUGAAUUUGUGAAAACAGAAGGUAAUGUGCAUGGUGAUAAUCAUUUACACACUCCAGAAAGACCAUUGACAUUGUCUCAUUAUAACAACUAACUGGAUACGGUACAAAGCAAGUACACAACUUUGAACUUUUCAAUUUCAUUAAUCGAGGUAUGAUGCAACAGCUGAAUUUUGUUGACACUGUUCCACUUCUUUUUAAGUAAAAUCUUAUGCCAUUAUUUUUUGAUUUUUUAAUAAGUAAAAUGGUUUGCCAUUACACAUUGCAUAGAGAAUAAUUGCUUGGAUCAGUUGCACAGUAUUUUCUGAAAACUAACUAAAAAGUUUGGCUUUAUAGAUUUAGGAGGUUUUGUGGAAUAGUAACCGUCGAGUCCUUUGCUGUAUCUGCAAUGGGCCUAACUGUGGGAGCUAUGGUUCCAACCACUGAAGCAAUAUUGGCCUUAGGACCGUCUCUUAUGACAGUUUUCAUUGUAUUUGGAGGCUACUAUGUCAAUGCAGAGAACACGCCAAUCAUUUUUCGGUGGAUUCCCCGCAUUUCUCUCAUAAGAUGGGGAUUUCAAGGGCUUUGCAUAAACGAAUUUACUGGCCUUCAAUUUGAUCAUCAGCACUCAUUUGAUAUACAAUCUGGUGAACAAGCACUUGAACGGCUUUCAUUUGGAGGCAGUCGGAUAAGAGAUACAGUGAUAGCUCAAAGUAGAAUACUUUUGUUUUGGUAUUACACUACUUUCCUUCUCCUGGAGAAAAAUAAACCCAAGUACCAGCAACUUGAGCCGCCACCUGGUGAUCAAAUACAAACAACUACAAAGCUUGAGCCUCUUGAAACUGAUCCUGCAGAACCAUACGAGCAUCCUGAAUCUCCCCUUCUUGAGCAAGGUGCUAAUCCAAAGGAGAUGCUUGUGCAAUAAAUGGAGGUCAUGUCUUUUUCUCAGCUAAUGAUCUAUUUUCCGUUUUUCAAGAAUAGUGAGAAAAUUGGUGGAUGUUGUAACUAAAAUCCUGAACUUGGGCAUUCCUUCAUGGUAUAUUAAUGUGUCGGAAAUACCGUAAAAUACAAUAAUUUGGUAGAGCUAUUUACCAUGGCUGUAAUACCUAUUUUUAUUAAUAAAUAAUUCUCGACAUAAAAAUUGGCCAUUUGAUGUAGAAUUUUCUGUUUUACA